AUACAAAAAUACAACAGCACACUGUUACAGAGAAAUUGCUGACUUUCACAUUUUUACCACAUUAUAAAAUAAAUCCAUCAGAAUAUAAAUAUUGUACUUACAUUUCAGUGGAUAGGAUAUAGAGCAGUAUAAACAAGUCAUUGGCUGCAUGAAAUUUUCGUUUACACUGACUUCGCUAGUGCUUUGUAUGUAGCCUGUUGCAAAACUAGGCAAAGAUCUAGAUGAGUUGAUGUACCUCCUGGAAGACCUCAGCGUACUGCCAGGAGUAUGUACACCCCUGGUUGAGAACCACUGAGUUAGAUGACAGCUGAGUGGUGACCCACCACGUCCAGCACCCCCAUCUCACCCUGUGAACCCCCUUCACCAGGAACCAAACUUGGGAUAAUUCAUUACCAUGCGGGUGUUGCUUUGAUGGGGGACCACUAUAAUACUAGCAGAGAUGUGAAUAGGACCCAGGAGUCCUGGUUCCCCCUGCUCCAUCUAAUCCACUAGAUCCCUCUCCCCUCCCACAGCGAAGACAGAACCUGGCUCCCCACCCCCAUGCACUAACCCACCCGGCUGCAGACUGCUCACAUCAUUAUCAGCAGACAGCUCUGUCCCUCGGGGAGCAGAGAGUUAACACUGCAUUUCCUGCAGCUCAGAGAAGCCGUGGGGCAGGCAGUGCAGGGAGACAGUGUGGGGACUGUGGGGGGAGAACGAGAAGGGACCCCUUUCUCUCUUGCCUCCUGCCCUGCCCCAUCCCCACGUGAGACCCUCAGGAGGUGUCCCCUGAGGUUGUGAAUCCAGCACAAGACUCAGCUUUCCCGGGCACCUGGUGCUGUCCAUGGCUCUGGAGUGCCAGCCCCUGGGCACAGUAUCUGUGCGCCUGCAGAUUGGGCUGUCCCGAGAGUCAUACAAGCUGCCCCCAGAGGAGCUGGGUUACAGGCACCUGCGGCACCUGGCAGUGGAACUGGUGGAGAGGAAGUUCCCCGAAUACAGCUUCCUGGGGGUAUCGGAGAAGAUCAUGCUAUUCCGGCAUGACGCCGCAUCAGAGAAUGUGCUGGAGCACCUGGGGCCAGACAGUGUCGUGCAUGCUGGGGACCUGAUUGAGGUCGUGCUGUCGGCCUCGGUUUCCUUGGAUUUCACUAUCCAGCCCCAUGUGCUGCUUGUUCACUCCUACAAGGCCCCAGCCUUCUGCGACUACUGCGGGGAGAUGCUCUGGGGGCUGGUGCGCCAAGGGUUAAAGUGUCAAGGCUGCGGGCUGAAUUAUCACAAGCGCUGUGCCUUCAAGAUCCCCAACAACUGUCGCGGUGUGAGGAGGAACCAGCUGGCCAGUCGCUCACUGGGCGCUACCACCAGCCCCAGGACUCCUAUCCUUGGCCAGAACGUGGGGGGCAGCCUGGAGGAGAUCAGCCACUGGAAGUGGGGCCAGCAGACGCAGGGCCCUGCACUGAUUGGCCGCCCACUCUGGAAGGACUGGAUGGAUCUGAACCGGGUCAAAGUGCCACACACCUUCCAGGUCCACUCGUACACCCGGCCCACUGUGUGCCAGCACUGCAAGCGCCUGCUCAAGGGGCUCUUCCGCCAGGGGCUACAGUGCAAAGACUGUAAAUUCAACUGCCACAAGCGCUGUGAGCAGUUUGUGCCGGAUCAGUGUGUGGUGGAGGGCCUGGCCCCUGGCACAGCAGAUGGCGAGACCCCAGAGUGCCCAUCUAGCAAGCCAGAGCCAGUGGAAGGGGAGGUGGAUGGGGAGGGCACCAGUGGGCAUGAGCUGGCAGAGGACACAGAGGAGACAGAGCCCAGUCCUGAGACUCUAGAGGCAGAGCUGCACACCAACCUCAGCCCCUGUUUCAGCAGCUACAUCCCCUUGAUGCGGGUGGUGCAGUCCUGCCGGCACACCAAGAGGCGGCGCAGCGCCGUCCUGUUGGAGGGAUGGAUGGUGCACUUCACCAGCAGGGACCCCAUGAGGAAGCGCCAUUACUGGGUGCUGGACAGCAAGAGCCUGAGCUUCUUCCACUGUGAGAGCGGAGGCAAGUUCUACAAGGAGCUGCCGCUGUCUGAGAUCCUCCAGAUCCGCCCCUGGGAGGGGCUGACACCCCUGGCAUCCAGCGGGAGCCCCCCCUGCUUUGAACUGGUGACAGAGGCCCUGGUGUACUACGUGGGCGAGCACAGCAGUGAGCAGGAGCCAGGGCAGGUCUGGGCCAGGGCCAUUCGCCAGGCUCUAUGGCCUGUGAACCCCCAGCCUGACAGCUCUGUCCAGGAGCCCAAUUCUGACUAUGAGUCCCCAGAUGACACGGACAUCAGCCGUUCCUAUCAGAUCUUCCCUGACGAGGUGCUAGGCGCUGGGCAGUUCGGGGUGGUGUAUGGCGGAAAGCACAGGAAAUCUGGCCGGGAUGUGGCCGUGAAAGUCAUCGACAAGCUGCGCUUCCCUCCCCGGCAGGAAAAUCAGUUCCGCAAUGAGGUCUCCAUCCUGCAGAGCCUGCACGCCCCCUGCGUGGUGCACCUGGAGUGCAUGUUCGAAGGCCCCGCCCAGCUCUUUGUGGUGAUGGAGCGGCUGCAUGGCGACAUGCUGGAAAUGAUCCUGUCCAGCGAGAAUGGGCGGCUGCCCGAACCCCUUGCCAAGUUCCUCACUGCCCAGAUCCUGUCUGCGCUGCACCACCUGCACACCCAGAACAUUGUGCACUGUGACCUCAAGCCAGAGAACGUGCUGCUGGCCUCGGAUGAGCCUUACCCCCAGGUAAAGCUCUGUGACUUUGGCUUCGCCCGCAUCAUUGACGAGUCAUCGUUCCGGCGCUCGGUGGUGGGGACCCCGGCGUACCUGGCGCCCGAAGUGCUGCGGCAACAUGGUUACAACCGUGCCCUGGACAUGUGGGCUGUGGGCGUCAUCAUCUAUGUCAGCCUGAGCGGGACCUUCCCCUUCAAUGAGGAGGAGGAUGUCAAUGAUCAGAUCCAGAACGCAGCCUUCAUGUACCCCCGGCAGACCUGGGCUAGCAUCUCCCUUGAGGCUGUCAGCCUCAUCCACCAGCUGCUGCAAGUGAAGCUGAGGAAGCGACUGAGUGUGAACAAGGCGCUGAACCACCCCUGGCUGCAGGAUUUCCAGACCUGGCUGGCCCUGCGGGAGCUGGAGACCCGUGUGGGGCAGCGCUACCUCACCCAUCCAAGUGACGACGCUCGCUGGCAGCACCUUGCCCGUGAGCAGGGGCUGGUCUGGCCAUCAGGGCUCACCAUUCCGCCCAGCCUGGAGGAGGAAGAGGACAGCGACAAUGCAAACGGGGGGAGCUGAGUCCUCCCCCCACAGGACUCACUACUCAUGGGAAGUGGGGGCUGCGGGGACCCUUCAGCACCACAUUGUCCCCAUAAACUGAUUUUCUCCAAACAUGGCACCAUGUGGUCUGUG